CCUGUAACUGCAGGAUGAUUCACUGAUCUCUACUUCACGAUGAUUCUACCUGCUUUACUUUUCUUCUGUGUCUGUGCUGGAAAACCUGCAGAGUUAACUGGAGUAAUUCAGGUGGCAGAAGGAAGCGACAUGACUUUAAACUGCUCGUCCGGCGUUAUUGAGCCUCACAAUCACAGAGAUGAACUCAACACCAGACUGAAAUUAAACACCACAGAAUAUCUCCUGAUAAAAGACUUUCAGAGUCAGGAUGCGGGAUGUUACAAGUGUAACAGAAGAACAAAUCCACACACGUUCUGUUUAGAAUUAAAGGCUGGAUCUACUAAUGAACGGAUCAUUUAUUUCCGAGGCUCUGAGGGAGAUUCAGUUCUGUUCUUCUGUAAAUCUCUGAGCUCCUCAUCGUUAAAGGCCACAUGGUCCUGGAGCGAUGACACAAUGAUGCGAGUCCUGCCCCUGGAUUCUCUUCCGUUUAAAAAUCGUCUGCGGCUCAGGAAGAAGGAGAAUGAUUUUUCUCUAACCAUCUCCCCCGUGCAGUGGAGCGACUCGGGCCGAUUCAUCUGUGACAGAAGUUCAUCAUUUGGAGUCAAGCAGAGCGAGUUCAGGCUGGUGCUGGUGAGAGUGUCUGCAGACCCUGCGCGGGUUUUGCUCGGCCGCAGCGUCCGUCUGAAGUGUGAGCUUUCUGCUCAAUAUGAAGAUUCUUAUGUGAUUUGGAUGAACACAGAAACACGAGAGACGUUUCCGCACUCGUUCAAAGUGGAAAUCAUUGCGCCGAGUCAGCAGAGCUGGGUGUGUGUGGUGAUUCACAGCUCGAGGCCGAAAGCCAUGUUUCCUCUAACGCUGAACAUCACACGUGCCUUCACCACAACAUCUCCAUCAUCAUCACCUCCACAUCACACCACACACGCCGGGACGGAGACUCUAACACACACUGCAGCACGCAACUUCACACACGCUGCUGACACAGAAUCCAACCUGUCUUACACCAUCAUCAUCAUCAUCAUCACUGGAGUCUUCAUCAUCUUCAUCUUCAUCCUCGUAGUCACUGCUGUGUGCUGCGUAAAAAAACCAAAGAUGAGCAGAAAGCUCACACUGUGGCCGAGCAAAACCCACGGAGGGUCUGCAAACCUCCUUGCUACCUACAGGUAGGUGGCACACUCAUGAUGUCAUGAUUCCCAAACUCUCCUGAACUAUCUGUCGACUGCCGGAGCACUGGCUUAAAUGGCAUUCCGUGUGGAAGCUGUUACCCUGGAACACACUGAAGCAGGGUGUACAUACUUUAAUACCAGGGUGCUGGAGUGCAUUCUGCACACAUUCUACCAGUGGAGGAAUUGCACUCUAUGCCGUUGAUUCUGUGCAGAGAACCUUUGCCCCAUUGAGCCACCUCCUGAUUGAUUUCUUCAGCUGGGCUGUCAGCCGAAGAUUACGCUGACUGUUUUUCCAUAAACUCUCUCCAAAUGGGGCGUCUAAAUACCUUUUGAUGCAAGAUCUCCUCUGUGUGGAAAACAGAAGGUCUGGGACAGUGAGAUAAAUCUUAGACAUUUGGAUAAAUUAUUGACAAUCAGCAUUACAGUGUUACCAAGGUGUGAAUACCCCAUGGUCUGCUUUAGCCGGGUUCACCAUUCCCCCCCGAGUACCAGUUUCAUACUAAGAAGGCCUUUUUUUUUUGCCAAAAUCAAAGUCUCUCUCAGCCCGAGAGAGCUUCUUGUAGAACAAAGACCACUGGGUGCAACUUGGGUCUUCCUUCAAGCAUCUUGGACAAAAUCACUUCCACUUCCACCUCUGAUCUAUUGACCUGUACCAUGAAGGGUGUGUGGGAUCAGGUGCUUCAGAAUGGGAGUUAAUGAUAACAUGGCCUUUAGGUGCUCACCGUGUCGCCCCAGUUGCUGUUUACCCUUCGACACGCCCCCUCCCCUGGAUCCCCCCCACACCUCCAUCACUAUAAGAAGAACUCGGCCGGCUGGAUGGUGUGAUCCGGUACUGCUCGGGUCAGCCACGUCUCAGGGAAGCAGAGUGCGGUCCCUCUCUGGGAUGUAAACCUGUCCCAUAAAAGUGUUUAUGUUGCCAAGUCUAAAUGUUGAUAAAUGAAUUCUUCAGAUAAAGUUUGAACAUAUUAUGAGUCCAAUUCUCACUGAGACAGAGUCCCAUUCUUGUGCUGCUCUAUCAGAAAAUGACAACAGACUAAAUGUACUUUUUCUGAGUGGAACAAUACAGUCCCCCCUUUCUGCACCUCUUGAAAGUCGGGAUGACGCAUUUCUAAUGUUUCCAAAUUGUCCAAGUGAAGGAGAAGACACCCGUGGAUAAUUUUAAACAUUAAACACAAUUUUUUUUUUGUAACAUCCUACAGUGGUGAUAACACAACGGCUUUCUGUUAAGUAUUUUUAAAGUUUGCUCAUACAGAGAUCCUAAUGGUUUUAAUGUAGAAGAGUUUGCAUGGUACCUGGUAGUUAAACAGCACAUUAUAUUUGCCAGUAUUAUAGCAUGCAUGUGGACUUUCACUGCCUGUACAGAUAAUACCAGCCUUAUGAAAUGGAAAUUAGAAAGACUGGAUUACAAACUUUCUAUUUUUUUUUUACGGUUUUGUUUAAAAUAAUGGAUUACUGUGUCAUCCGCAAACAUUCGAAUAAUGUUUGAGAUCACCAAACAAAUUUUAAUAUUAUACAAAAAUAACCCUAAUAAAUACAAAAUUGAGUUUUUUAAUGAUGAUUUAAUUUAUGCAUGGAAAAUAACUGUCCAAACCAAGCACAGUGGUGUAGUGGUUAGCUCUGUAGCCUCACACCUCCAGGGACCAAGUUCGAUUUCCAACUUGAGGUCUGUGUGCAUGAAGUUUGCAUGUUCUCCUCAUGCUUGAAUGGUUUCCUCUGGGUUUCCGGUUUCCUCACAAAGACAUGCCGAUUAGGAUAACUGGCGUUCCCAAAUUGCCCGUAGUGUGUGAGUGUGUGGGUGGGCUUAGGGACAAAACUAUACGAAACUCCAGUCCUGAACUAUUGAGCGACUCAUAAGUCCUCAGAGAACAGCUGUCAGCAUCAGCCGAGGACAGGACCGUCUUCAUGGUAAAAUGGAACCAUCCCCAGUCACCACACGCAUCCCAAAUGGGGCGUCCAUGUGAUGAGAUUUCCAACCAGAAGAGGGACACCAGGACGAGUCAGAGGGGUCCAGAGGACAGAGGGGGGUCUGGAUCACUGGCAGCUCAGAAGAGAGACAGAGUGUAGUAAGACAGAGAGAGAGAG